CAGCUGUAAUGUUUUUGACUGUCUUGAUGAAAAUGUAAUAAGAUUUUGUGUUAUUGAUCAGGUAUUUCAGUUUUGUGAAAAGAAGAAGGAAAUGCCAAUUUUCCCUAAAAUUUCUCUGAAACCAGAAGUCUACAAUUACCUCAAGAGUGUCUUCUUAAACAGUGAGUUGGUAGAAGCGCUGGGGCCCCAGAAGGCAGAACAGCGGUUCCAGAGCUUGCUGACAUGCCUGUCACACCCCCCCUUACAUACGUGUGUACGGGCCAGUACUCAUCUCUCCCCCCUGGAGGAGAUCAGAGACCAGCUCUGUAAAGAGCUGGAAAAGAUGUGCAGCUCAUCAGCAGUGGAGGGCCCGUGUCAGAUUCUUCCUCACCCACGCGUUCCAGAUGUGCUGCUCCUUCCUGUCGAUGGCCCAAGGCCAGUGGAGCAGCUCUGCUCAGAGGUAGUGGUGGAUGCUCAGUGUGGGAGUGCAGUUCUGAGAGGGGCUCAUGUCUUCACCCCAGGGAUCACUGCUGGCCCAAAGUUCAUGAAGUGUGGAGACGUGGUGUCCGUCUUUUCUGACUUGGAAGGCAAAUGCACCCGGGGAGCCACCAACUUUGAGGGGAUGAAAGUGUUUCUUGGAAAUGGAGUUGCUGAAAUGAAUCGCUCCAGUAUCUUCUGCACAGAUGAACCACCCAGGGGUAUCGGUGUCCGGAUGGUUGAGCCGCUUUACAAAAGUCCUUCUUUUGAUGAGGUUCUACCCAACCUCGUGUUUCUACAGAACCUUCCCUCUGUGGUUGUGGGUCAUGUGCUUGGGCCUCGUUCUGGAGAACGCAUCCUGGAUAUGUGCGCUGCACCAGGAGGGAAAACGUGCCACAUCGCUGCGCUCAUGGGGGAUCGGGGUGAGGUCAUCGCAUUGGACAGGAUCAGAAAUAAGAUAGAUCGCAUAAAUCAGAAUGCUCAAAUGUUGAGUUUGAGUUGCAUUAAAGCUUACUGGUUUAACAGCACGCAGGCUGUGAGCAGGGACCCGGAUCAGGAAACUGAAGGGCCGCCGUUCCUACCCGAGAGUUUUGACCGGGUUUUGUUGGACGCUCCCUGUAGCGGUUUGGGACAGAGACCUAGCAUGGCAUCGACUUGGAGCCUGAAGGAGAUCUGUUCCUACCAGCCGCUGCAGCGCAAGUUAAUACACUCGGCGGUCCGGUUGUUGAAGCGAGGCGGGGUUCUGGUGUACAGCACUUGCACAGUGACUCUUGCAGAGAAUGAAGAACAGGUUUCUUGGGCCCUUGAUACCUUUCCGUGCCUCACGCUCCAGCCUCAGGAGCCUCACAUCGGUGCAGAAGGCAUGUUGGGAGCUGGCCUGUCACCUGAGCAGCUACGCCUCCUCCAGAGGUUUAGUCCUGAGCUAAGCUGGGACCAGGCAGAAUCUGCACCUCUCCUCCCCUGUGGCGCCGCCAGAGACACCAUUGGCUUUUUUAUCGCCAAGUUCCUGAAAAACUGACUUUCAUCAACUCACAGAACCCCAUAACAGCCCUCACAGGAGACUGCAGACGGGAACAGUAAUGUUUAUAUUGCACCGCUUUGGCGGUGCAGUGUUGACAAAGCUGCUCAGUGGGCUGUUUACAGCUUCUGCCUCUUAACAUCUGCUCACUCAAACUGUGGUCCAUAUAGGGAUAAGCUGUAUAAACACCAAAGGCAGGAGCGCUGAGUGCAAGAAAAGACAGAGGCGUUAUGAGGAAAGACACUCGAUGAGUAUUGGCAAAUGCAGCAGGACCAGCGUUGCCAUAACAACAGUGACGACACAGCUUCCAUGGUGACAGCAUUCGCUGUAUCUCAGAGCGUAGGUCAGGAAGUAGUGUGCAGAAAGAGGUCACAAGAGGUAUUAACAAUUUAGAGUCUUUGAGCAGUGGCGCACACAACUGGGAAUACUAAUUAAUGCUCCUGUUAUGCAAUUCAGUGCAAAUAUCACAAACAAAGAGCUCCGCAAUGAGCUGUGGCAUCAACGUGGACAUGCCGGUAUGCCGCACAUCACCGCUGCAGAGCGCUGAUUAAAGUGUUUCCUCCUGCAGCGCUGCUGGUUUGGAUCAGAUGUUUUUCUUAAAGAUUAAGCUUCUGUGAUGGAACCAGUUUAUAUGCCAACUUUGCAAAUAUGCGUAGAAGAACAGCUUUCUAUUUUAGAUGCAUCCUUGUCAGCACUGGCGUUCAUGUCUACGUUGUCAUGACGACUCAGGCCGGUGAGUCUACCUCAGAUUUUUUAGUGGAGUUUCAGAUGAUUAUUUAUAGGCAUGACAAAGCACACAUUAAAGUCUAUCCCACGUCAGUUC